CCUCCCGUAGAAGUCAUUAGCAUAGCGCCGUCACGUGGCCUCCCCCGAGAGCCGCCAUGGCGGCUACCAGGUACCGGCGGUUCCUGAAGCUGUGCGAGGAGUGGCCGGUGGAGGAGACGAAGCGGCAGCGGGACCUGGGCAUUUUCCUGCGGCAGCGGGUGGCGCAGGCGUUCCGCGAGGGCGAGAACACGCAGAUUGCUGACCCUGUGACCUGUGACCAGAUGUACGAGAGCUUAGUCAGAAUCCACACCAACUACUACAAAAACAAGUAUCCACGCCUGAAAGAUACAACCUUCACUGGAGUGACAGUAGAAGAUUGCAAGAUGAUCCUAGCAACAGACAUUCUGAAACAGAUGGAGGAAAUGAAAAAAGGGACAUGGAAAAAAUUGCGAGAAAGGUUUUAUGCCAAGAAAUCUGACGAAGACUCAAAGUGAUAGGCUAUCUCCCAGAUUCUCCACUGUAUAUAUUCCUAAAGCACUGUAUGCUGCCAUGAUGAAUAAAGCCAUUCAUUCCUCUUA